GCGGAAGUUGCUAGCAGGCGAUAUUUAGCUGACGCAACGCCGGGAAUGGGCUGGUCGGCCUCUUCUGCGGCGCCGCAAGCUGGCUGGUUUGUACAUUCCUUCUGAAGGGUAAGAUAUUAGAGGGUCACAAUACUUACCAGCUGGAGGAUGUUUGCAGUGAAUAAUGGGAAAGUAUUCAGUGUACAUCUUAAUACCAUGUGCUACUGUAAAAUAAAGGCAAUUUUAAAAAGAUCAAAGACUCGGGUGCCUCUUCGAAGAAACUACAGCUCCCCAGCAGGUGUAAUAGGAAAUGAUGUCAAAUCCCUUCACUCCAUCAUUAGCCCUCCCGUGGCGAAAAUCCGUAAUAUUGGAAUUAUGGCUCAUAUUGAUGCAGGCAAAACUACCACCACAGAACGAAUUCUGUACUAUUCUGGAUACACAAGAUCAUUGGGAGAUGUCGAUGAUGGAGACACGGUGACGGAUUUCAUGGCUCAAGAGCGAGAAAGAGGCAUUACCAUCCAGUCGGCAGCUGUGACAUUUGACUGGAAAGGGUAUAGAGUCAAUUUGGUUGACACACCAGGUCAUGUGGACUUUACCUUGGAGGUUGAACGCUGCUUGAGAGUGUUGGAUGGUGCAGUGGCCGUGUUUGAUGCCUCCGCUGGUGUGGAGGCCCAGACUCUCACCGUGUGGAAGCAAGCUGACAGACAUAAGAUCCCCCGGAUCUGCUUUUUAAACAAGAUGGACAAAACCGGAGCCAGUUUUAACUAUGCCGUUGAAAGCAUCAGGGAGAAGCUAAAGGCAAAGCCUCUUAUUCUACAGCUGCCAAUUGGUGAAGCCAGAACUUUCCAAGGAGUGGUGGAUGUAGUAAACAAAGAAAAACUUCUCUGGAAUUCCAACUCUGGUGAUGGAAAAGACUUUGAGAGAAAACCCCUCUUGGAAACAAGUGAUCCGGAAUUGCUGAAGGAGACUAUUGAAGCAAGGAACUCCUUAAUUGAACAAGUUGCGGAUUUGGAUGAUGAAUUUGCUGACUUGGUUUUAGAAGAAUUUAGUGACAAUUUUGAUUUGGUACCAGCUGAAAAGCUACAGACCGCGAUACACAGAGUGACGCUGGCUCGGGCCGCAGUGCCUGUGCUGUGUGGGAGCGCCUUGAAGAACAAGGGUGUGCAGCCCUUGCUGGAUGCCAUCACUAUGUACUUGCCGUCACCUGAGGAGCGUGAGCAUGGCUUUCUGCAGUGGUAUAAGGGUGACUUGUGUGCACUGGCGUUUAAAGUGCUGCACGACAAGCAGCGAGGACCCCUGGUUUUCCUGCGCGUUUAUUCGGGCACACUGAAGCCCCAGUUGGCCAUCCAUAACAUCAACAGAAACUGCACGGAGAGAAUGAGUCGUCUGCUUUUGCCAUUUGCUGACCAGCAUGUAGAGAUCCCUUCCUUGACUGCUGGUAACAUUGCUUUGACAGUUGGUCUUAAACAAACUGUCACAGGAGACACCAUAGUCUCUUCCAAGUCCAGCGCCUUAGCUGCAGCCCGUCGAGCGGGAAGGGAAGAAAAGAAGCACGGGAAAAACAGUGAAGCAGAGAGUCUGCUGUUGGCGGGGGUGGAGAUCCCAGAACCUGUUUUCUUCUGCACCAUAGAACCCCCAUCAGUGGCCAAGCAACCAGAUUUGGAUCAUGCGUUGGACCGCCUUCAGCGUGAAGAUCCCAGUUUAAAAGUGAGGAUUGAUCCUGACUCUGGACAAACAGUCCUUUGUGGUAUGGGGGAGUUACAUAUUGAGAUUAUUCAUGACCGAAUCAAAAGGGAAUAUGGCCUAGAGACCUAUCUAGGGCCUCUGCAGGUGGCAUACCGGGAAACCAUCUUAAACUCAGCUCGUGCCACAGAUACCCUAGACAGGACUUUAGGUGACAAGCGGCAUUUUGUGAGGGCAGAACUGGAAGCCCGGCCAGGGGAAGCACCGUCCAGCAGGGCUGUGAUUGAGUAUGCGGACUGUGUCGGUGAAGACCUAGUGCAGGCCUCCCGAGAGGCCAUUGAAAAUGCCGUCCACAGUGCAUGCCUCCAGGGACCUUUGCUUGGAUCCCCAGUUCAAGAUGUGGCAAUAACAUUACACUCGUUGACGAUUCACCCCGGCACCUCCACAACUAUGGUUAAUGCCUGUGUCUCAAGAUGUGUCCAAAAGGCCCUGAAGAAAGCUGAGAAGCAGGUGCUGGAGCCCCUGAUGAGUCUUGAGGUCACAGUGACUGGAGAUUACCUCAGCCCCGUCCUGGCAGACUUGGCCCAAAGAAGAGGGAAUGUUCAAGAAAUUCAAACUCGCCAGGACAGCAAAGUUGUUAUAGGGUUUGUUCCUUUAGCAGAAAUGAUGGGAUAUUCAACUGUGCUUCGAACGCUGACUUCAGGCUCAGCUACUUUUGCCUUAGAAUUCUCUACUUAUCAAGCCAUGAGUCCUCAAGACCAAACUACUCUGCUCAACCAGAGAAGUGGGUUGGCCCAAGUGCUUUAGGUCCUUGGAAACACGGGGAAAUGCCCAGAAAAACAUGUACCUGCUUCGUUCUCAGUAAGAGUGAUGUUUUAUUCAUUGGCUGGUAAAUUACUGCUUUGGUAUAUAAAAUGAACUUGACGAAAGAUGUAGAUACUGGUGUUGGAGCUGCCAUCUAAUUCUGUGUGGAACGUGCUUUGCUAUAAUGUACCUCCACUCUGUGCCCUGGGUGGAUCCCUUCCCUCUCUGUUACUGUGGCAAAUAACCUGUCCAGGGCAGCUUAUAAAAGGGUUUGGUUUUGGCUGAAGGUUCUGAAGGAGAGUCCAUAAUUGCAGGGACAGCAAGGCAGCAGGAAGCUGAGAAAGCCCACCUUUAAUCUCAAGCAUGGCAGAGUGCAAACCAAAAUUAGGGCCUGGCUGUGAGCUCUCUAGUCCAACCAGUAAUGGACUUCCUCAAGCAAGGCUGUAUUUCCUGGACCUCCCCAAAUAGCACCCACUGGGAAGCACAUGUCCGAAGGCCUGGGCCUAUGAGGAACACUGCUCAUUUAAAAAUUUUCUUUUUACAUUCUUUUCUUGGAGUGUUUUGACUACAUACAUGUUUGUAUACCGUGUAUGUGCCUGAUACCCGUGAAGGUCAGAAGUAGAUGUUAACAUCCCUUGGAGCUGGAGCUAUGGAUGUUUAUGAAGCACCAUGUAGAUACAGGAGCUGAGCUCAGACUCAGAAUCUAAGAGUAGCGACUGCUCUUAAAUGCUGAGCUUCUCUGUGGCCCAGCGGUUCUCAGUUAAGCCUUCACAAUGAUGAAGGUGUUCAUGUCGCCCUCUGGAGUAUUUGAGUGAUAUCACAAAGCUUUUCCUUUCAUUUUUUUAAGCUGCUCAAAUAAAAGAUGCCAGUAUUCGGUGUGUGAUACAGAUAGAGAUUCAAUCAAUAAAAAGAUGGUUUAUUAAAAAACACCUAGCAAAUAUUAAUUUUACAUGAUUUCACAAUCAACAUGAUUAUAGCUCAGACUGCUGUAGACUUCUGUUCACAUUUCCAUUCUAUACUCAAGGCUACAAUGUCCAGUAAAGAGAGGCUGUGCAGCUAUUCCACGGCUGUUGACAGAUAACAAAGAGAUGGUUUAGACUGUGGCCCUCCCAUCUCAGAUCACUUCAGCAGAUCCCCACUUUGUGAUGAUUUGAUGGUUCUAAUUUAAGCUACUAACUCCUGUAAGAUGGCAGUUACACUACACAGAUCUUACAGGUGUUAAUUUCUCCCCCACAACAGUAAGUGCGUAACUUCUACCCAGUAAAUGACUACUUCCCAGGUGAUGUUUUUACUUACUGCUAACCAAAAAGCUGAAGGCAAGAGUUACACUGGAGGUUGGACUUUAAUAAGAUCUCAGGCUGGAAGGGCAUGCCUCUCACCUGACCAUCCUGCACCGGUGGACCACCAGUCUGUUGUAGGCAUCUUGUAGGUCAGUGACAGUUUGAGGACUCCAGAGCCUCUCACCAACAGCGCUUGCCCGAGGCCUGAAAUUUAAAAUGUGUCUCCAAGGUAGUCAUCUACUUAAGGAAAUUCUUCAGGGCUUUCCUACUAACACAGAGAAGAACCAAAGCAUCUCUUAAGUCAUUUGGCAUCCCUUUCAUUCCUUACCAUAAUCUUGGAAUGAGGUUAGUUGCAUCCACAAAUUCUCCCCACAGGCAAGCUUCUCCACCAAUGACUAGUUGUUUCUCCUUCUCAGAACCUGCAUUAAAGUGGUUGAAGGGAAAGAAGUUAAGCUGUACAACACUGGCUUCCUCUCUAUAGUCAUCCCAUGAUUCCUUCCUGUAGGCACCAGAACCUUUAUUCCCACCCUGGCUCAGUGCUAUUCAACAUGCAUAGAGGACUACGGUGAGCCAGGAGGAGAUACUUUCCAUAGGAGCCUGCACAAACUCGUCUGGACACCUCCUCCCAUUUCUGAUGAGUGGUGUGCCAAGAAAUACAAGUUGGAAUAUUAGCUUCAUUUUAAUGGACCAUGACCACUACUUACGUUUGGUUUAUAUUCCUUGGUAUUUAGUAAUGGAACAAAAAAGAAUAACUAAAAACUACUAUUUAGAAUGAUUACUUUUGAUCCUCAAAAUGUUUUCUAGAGAAAGUCGUAAUUUUUAGUGGAUCAAUAUUUCUGAGACUUUUAAUCAUAGCAUCAUUUUUCCAAGCUAAAGACUGAUCUACAAGAACUGUAUAAUUUAGAACUGCUAAUAAAGAAGCUGAAAACCCUGGACCACACAAUCUGAAGUCCAUAGAUGCAAAUGGUAACCUUACUUAGGUGUCUUAAAAGUUAACACACUUGCAGGGCGAUGGUGGUGCACGCCUUUAAUCCCAGCAUUCAGAAGGCAGAGUUUGAGGCCAGCCUAGUCUAUAAGGGCUAGUUCCAGGAUAGGCUCCAAAAAAAAACUACAGAGAAACUCUGUCUCGAAAAAACAAACAAACAAACAAACAAACAAAAUUUAACACACUCAACCAUCUCUCAGAUAUAGAAAGCAACUCCAUAAAAAUGGAGGCAAAAUCUAAGGGGGUAUUUCAUUUAAGACUAGUACAUUGUUCCUUCCAGAAGUUAAAAUGAUACCAAAGCUUUAUUUUUAAUAAAAUCAAAGAUUAGUCAUAAAAGGAAUAAUAGGCAUCCAGGUUAGACUGGGAGGAGAGAAUGGAAGUUAUGGAAGAAACCAGCAGUGAUGGCUGCUUUACUUACCUUCAAAAUUAAGAGGCUCCACUGUAUAGUACUGUCUCCAGUCUUGCCCAUAGCUAAUGACGUCUAAGUACCAAGGAGCAGCAAGGAUUGCCGGGUAGCCGGAGGAGGUGACUUGUUUCAGCUCCUCUAAGUAAUUUUCACUCUUCCACACUUCAACCACUGUGUCGGGCUGAAGCUAAAGGUGCAGAAUGCAAUCACAGUAUUAGGUCUUAGUACUAAGUACAGUCUUUCUAAAAUCUUAGAGCUGGGCGGUGGUGGUACACGCCUUUAAUCUCAGCACUCAGGAGGCAGACGCGGGCGGAUCUCUAUGAGUUCGAGGCCAGCCUGAUCUACAAGAGCUAGUUCCAGGACAGGCUCCAAAGCUACAGAAAAACCCUGUCUCGAAAAACCAAAAAAAAUAAAAAUAAAAAUAAAAAAAUAAAAAAAAUAAAAAUAAAAAUCUUAGAAAAAAAAUUAUCCAUCCUUUUUCCUAAUGGUCAGGGUCAUGUGCUAUUCCCUCACUGUGUUUCCAUUGCUGUUCACAUUUCAUCAACCCUUAAAACUGGACAUUUAACUUCUGUUAUAGCUAACACCUCAGAGACUAAAGAAUUUAGGGUAAGGUGUGCACCUUGAUCCCAUUCCCACCACACCAGUGUUCUACUUAACUUGAAACCAUGAGACUAUCACCAGUCCCUUAGAGAUAACAGUGGUAGCUGGGCUUAUAACAUACACUACAAAUAAAUAAUAAGGGAAAAAUAUUUCUUAAAAGUGUAUAUUGAGGGGCUGGAGAGAUGGCUCAGAGGUUAAGAGCAUUGCCUGCUCUUCCAAAGGUCCUGAGUUCAAUUCCCAGCAACCACACGGUGGCUCACAACCAUCUGUAAUGGGGUCUGGUGCCCUCUUCUGGCCUUCAGGCAUACACACAGACAGAAUAUUGUAUACACAAUAAAUAAUUUUUAAAAAGUGUAUAUUGAUUUUACCUGUUUUAAAACUACUAUGUUUUUUAAAAGCUCAUUUGGUGUCUGUUUUGCUCCUAAAAACAAAAAAGGAACCUAAUUCAAAAACAGCACGAGUUGGGGGAAGAAACGAGAAGGAGCAGUGAGUGGUCCAUAUUACUAAUGGAGUCCCGUGUCUACGUGCUGUGGUGCAUGCACGGGUGCACGAGCAGGCUUGCGUCCUGCUCUAAGCACCGCAUUCCCUCGCGUUCCACUGAACCUGGAGCUAGGCCGUGCUUGCCGUGUUGUUGUUCAGGACAGGCUCUCUCUGCCCUGGCUGGCCUUGAACUCACAGAAAUCCGCCUGCCUCUACCUCCCAAGUGCUGGGAUUAAAGGUGUGCAUCACCACAGCCCAGCCAACUUGGCUUUAUUUUUAAGCUCUGUUCUUGACAAUUUCGUGUAUGUCUAUAAUGCGUACUGAUUAGUCUCUCCCUCGAAUCUCCAGUGCCUUCCCCUGACUGAUGACUUGGUUUGCGUGACCACUGGGUUGGUGCUAUCUGCUGGACCUGGUAGGGUCACCAGUGGAUACACACUGAAAGUAUUGCCUCCUCUCCUUGAAUCUGUCUGUAGCAAAGCGUUCAGCAGUGAAGAAUGGAGCCCUCCAGACCUUCCAUCAUCCUAACUGCUGAACACCCAACUUGAAAGCGGGUGCUCAGGCUGGUAGGGCAGGCAGUCUUUCCCACCGGGAGCCAGCGCUCAGCCCUGGGGGAGUCUGCACCGUUCUUACCUCCACGUUGUCAUCAAAAACUUCCUGCCACACGAUGGAGCCCUUCUGUAAGGAUUUAAUGAUGUCCAAAACCCUAGCGUUGAAAAAUGACUGUUAUUUAGAGUCACAAAGUUAACACUCCUAACUAUGCAUGUUUUCUUCCAGGAACAGCUUGCAGUGUUGAGAAGUACCAUAUCUCAGUAUAACAUAGCUAUGCAGAACCAGCUUAAAGUUGAGGCAGGGUAGAGAGCUAAGACAAGAAGAGUAAAGGACAGGGGAAAUGGAAAGAAUCCUUCAGCCUCAAGACAGCCUGAGAGAUGUCUUUCUGACAAGAGACUGCCUCCAAAGAAACUACACAGAAAGUAUACUCCCUAAGGCACCACGGGCAAGAUUAUUAAGAUUAGUGAUCCAUGCUCGGGAUAAACACAUCUUACCCUCUUAUAUAGAAAAUUUGACUUAAUUUUUAAAUAUUGAUCCAUGUUUGGUUUCUGGGGUGUUUCUCUCUGAACCUCUACUGAACCCUUAUGUUUUGCCCCCUGACCUAACGCUGCUUGGAUGUACCUGCCCUUCCUUCUAAUUAAAAUCAAGUAUUUCGCUAGGACUUGUGAAACGCAGCCAUACAUGAACAGAGACCCCUCAGGGGACACCUCAGGGUAGACAGCUUCAACAUUGAGCUGUAUUUCCUAUGCUUGUGACACAUCUUAUAAGACAGUGGUUCUCAACCUUCCUAAUGCUGUUCCUCAUGUUGUGACCCCCAACCAUAAAACUGUUGUUGCUACUUCAGAACUGUAAUAUCGCUAUUGUUAUGAACAUAAUGUAAAUAUCUGAUAUUUCCAAUGAUUUAAAGGGGUCGAGACCCACAGGUUGGCAGAAAGAAAACUGUCAUGUAGCCUGUCAUGUCACGUCAAUAACACUCAGCUGUUGCCACCACAGAUAUUUAGUUAGGCAGUAACAAACACUUGAAAGGGUAAGAAAGAAAGAAUAUACCACACAAAAAGCUAACUAGGAAGAGCAGAGUGAACUCUGAGCCUUUCUAAUGGAUAGAGCAGAGCCUGGAAAACGACAGCCUACAGCCUUCUUUUCUAUGACUGACAAGCUAAGAAUGGCUUUUGAGUCUGCAAAGCUGUCUGUCUGUCUGCCUAUCUCUAUCUUUCUCCUUUUAAACAUAUGUAACUCCACAUGGUUCGUGAAGCCCAAGGCUCUGGUCCUAUUAUGGAAGAAAAUAGCUGAGCAGCACUGUCCAGGCAAACUUUUGGGAAAUGUUCUGUCUGCAGUGUCCAGCAGCUACCAUUCCCCUUGCUAUAAAACACUGGAAACGCAGCUGAUGCAACUGAGGACUUUUAACUGCCUGUAAUUCUAAGGUGACGGACAGGCGUGUGCCUCUCUGGCUGCUGUGCCCACAGUAGGAAGCAAGAGAGAUGCUCUAGGACUGGACAGAUGGAAUGAGCUGCAGACCUAGAUAGUGACAAGGAUUUGGGCAGCCAGGACUCGGAGCCAAGCUCUCAAGACACAUGACUUUUCCUUCUAUUUCAGGAGUUAUUGCAAAAUGCUCGCCGUUGUAAAGAAAACAGUGUGUAGCACUUCCUUGACACAUGAAUUCACUUUCUAUUUCAGGAGUUAUUGCAAAAUGCUCGCCGUUGUAAAGAAAACGGUGUGUAGCACUUUGUUGACACAUGAAUUCUAUUUCAGGAGUUAUUGCAAAAUGCUCGCCGUUGUAAAGAAAACGGUGUGUAGCACUUCCUUUCCCUUCUGCAGUGGGUUUUCAUGUCUCCACUUUUGUGAGGGGUGGAGACAAUGAGAAAGUAAGCCGAUAAACUUGUGCAACCGCAUUGAGGACUGGGCUUUCCAAUGACUUACUUUUUAAUAUAAAAAGAUUCGAGUCUUGUAAAAUCCUUGCCAAAACCUUUUUUCUUCAUGAAAUUUUCGAUGUUUGGAUUUGAUGCCCUUAAAUAAAAAAGUGACUGAAAUGUUAUAAACAUUU